CCCUCACCACUUCAGCGCCACAGGAUCUCCAUUUUCUUCUUUCCCGGUCGAGGAGCUCCGCCACCCACGAUCCAAAGGCACAUUCGAAAUGAAUGACGAAUACGACGUUAUCGUCCUCGGCACCGGGCUGACGGAAUGCAUCUUGUCCGGAAUCAUGUCUGUGAAGGGGAAGAAGGUGCUGCACAUGGAUCGCAACUCUUACUACGGAGCUGAGAGUGCCUCCAUCACGCCUUUGGACGAUCUCUACGCGCGUUUCAACCUUCCCGACAAACCUCCCGAGUCCAUGGGAAAAGGUCGAGAUUGGAACGUGGACCUUGUCCCCAAAUUCCUGAUGGCCAACGGUCAACUGGUCCGCAUGCUGCUGAUCACCCAGGUGACCCGUUACCUGGAUUUCAAGGUGAUCGAGGGCAGCUUCGUGUACAAGGGUGGCAAAAUUUACAAAGUCCCCUCCACGGAGACCGAGGCCCUGACGUCGAGUCUGAUGGGCAUGUUUGAGAAACGGCGCUUCAAGAAAUUCCUGGGCUUCAUCGCCAACUUUGACGAAAACGACCCCAAAACCAUGGAAGGCGUCGACCCCCAGAAGACGACCAUGAAAGCUAUUUUUGACAAGUUCGGCUUGGGCAAGGAAGUCAUCGACUUCACUGGGCACUCUCUCGCUCUUUACCGCACAGAUGAAUACCUGACUCAGCCCUGCAUCGACACCAUAAACAGGAUAAAGCUUUACAGUGAGUCCCUCGCCAGGUAUGGCAAGAGCCCGUACCUCUACCCCCUGUAUGGCUUGGGAGAGCUGCCACAAGGCUUUGCCAGACUGAGCGCCAUCUACGGGGGGACUUACAUGUUAAACAAGCCCAUCGAGGAGAUCGUGAUGGAGAACGGAAAGGUGGUUGGAGUCAAGUCCGAGGGGGAGAUCGCCAGGUGCAAGCAGCUGAUUUGCGACCCCAGCUACAUCAUGGAGCGCACCUCCAAAGUGGGCCAGGUGAUCAGGGCCAUCUGCAUCUUGAGUCACCCCAUCUGCAACACAGGCGACAUCAAUUCUUGCCAGAUCAUCAUCCCCCAGAACCAGCUUAACAGGAAGCACGACAUCUACGUUUGUAUGAUCUCCUUCGCUCACAACGUGGCGGCGCAGGGCAAAUACAUCGCCAUCGCCAGCACCACCGUGGAAACGGACAAACCCGAGACAGAGAUCAAGCCCGCCCUGGACCUGCUGGAGCCCAUCGAGCAGAAGUUUGUCAGCAUCAGUGACCAGUUUACCCCCAACGACGACGGCACUGAAAGCCAGAUUUUCAUCUCCCGUUCGUACGAUGCCACCACCCACUUCGAGACCACCUGCGACGACAUCAAGAACAUCUACCGGAGGAUGACGGGCUCAGACUUUGACUUUGCCGAGAUGGAGCGCGGGAAGAAAGACAUCUACGGCGACGCCGCCGAGUAGACGCCGCCGUCGCCAAAGCACUCGUCGUCGUCGUCACAAACGCUGCCCAAAACUGAAAUAUCACCUUAUAUAGAAAGAAUAACUACUCAAAAAAAAAAAAAAAAAAGAUUGUACAUGUCCCUGGUUUAUGUGGCAGUCUUGUGGGAAGUUGAUCAUCUAGAGUUCUGAAAUAGUAUUGCUGGAUUCGGUUCAGGCAGGGAGCUUUAAUUUGUUUCCGUUUUAAAUCGCUCUCCAAUGGCUGACACACUUACCGGUGGUUAUUAAAAGAAAAAACAAUAUAGUUUGAUGAAAAAAAACCCAAUGCAGAGUCCAAAGAUGCCAAAUUAAAAUCCAAUCCAUGGUUUUCUGUGUUUGUAGGCAGGGGGGGGUGGAAUGACACUGUCUUAAAUUGUAUUUGAAGGUGUUCAGGUAUUUUUUUUUUUUUUUUCCCCUCUUUAGGUUGAUGUGGUUGUUUAAAAUGUCAACAUUGUCUUUCGGGGGUGUUUUUGUACUCCUCACCCCCACUGCAGCCACAAUCUUUACCAUAAAUCAUAAAAUUGCCUGGACUGUGACGAGUUCUCAACUGCUUGUAAGAAAAUGUCAUAAUGUUUUGUGCAAAGUGAGGUUAAAAACUGCUCAAGAUGGACCAAAUGUGUACUGUGGCAGUAUUUUGGAUUGCGAGCCCUGUGACGCGACAUCUAUUUGAAACGACAAAGAGAGCACCUUGGGCUCCGGUGAUUUCUGUACUGCAAAGUUAAAAAAAGAAAGAAAAGCUCUAAAUAUC